AUGUCGACCAAGGUUGAGCUAAAUUGUGAGAUGACUUGUUCCAAGUGUGAGGAUAAGAUACGAAAAUCAUUGGAUUCCAUGGACGAUGUUACAAUUAAAUCGAUUGACAUUGCUGGUCAACAAAACAACCACAGGCCUAAGAACGGUAAUCAAAGGAUCGACGGAGGUGGAAGCAUUUCGACCUUUUCUGAGUUCAGUUGUUCGCCUUACGAUAUCUUCAAUUUUUCUGAUGACGAUCGCAACUAUCGACUUGAUUGUGGUAAAUCAGUUGCUUCUUCAUUUGAUCUUUUGUUGGAAAGAAAAUGGAAUCAAGCUCAAUCAAUUGACAAUUUGUUUCUAUUUCAAUUUGAUCGAUUGAAAAUUCGAACAACAAUUCUUCCUGGAAAAUAUGGAUUCGUUGUUACACUUAACACUGGAAGAGGAACUAAUCGUCGAUCACCUGAGACAAUUAACUCAAUUAGUACACCUUUUGAUGAGAGUAAAUUUAAUUUCAACAAAAUUAAGCCCAACGAAUUACUAUUCAAAGUAUCUCGAAACAAUUUAACCAAACCAAUAGUUUCCAUCAUAAUUAAUAACAGUCCAAUUGAAUAUUGUUCAUCAUUAAUGGUUAUCGAUCCAGCCGAUUGUCAUAACCAAUUGUUAACUAAAUCAUCGCUUGAAAUGGCAAUCAAUUUAAUCGCUAUUAGUGGUGAUUUAAAUUUGCGAAUGGGUUUCAAUUCACUUGGAGCUGAAGCCUCAGUUAAUCAUUGCCAUUGGCAUUUAUAUUAUCAACAGGAACGAUUAUAUCUUCAAUCAAUUAAAACAGUUGAUGGUCAUUUCUUUACUGAUUGGCCAUUACCUGGUUUCUUAUUUGAAAUUUCUGAUAAUCAGUCAGUUGAUUCAGUUGUUGAAUCAAUCAUGUUGCUGGUUAAUCAUGUCCACACCAAUCAUGAUAAUCAUUCCUACAAUUUAUUCAUCGCAAGAGGAUUAAUUGAUCAUGAAAUCCGAGUGUUUAUCUGGAUUAGAAAAGUUUCUUUUGGAUCCAAGAACUUAUUUCAUAUUAAUCCAGCUCUUGCUGAACUUUCUGGUUUCUUUAUUUGUAAAUCUAAUGAGAUGUUUAAUCAAAUAGAUGAACAAUUUUGUGUUAAUCUAAUCAAAUCAAUAGAGAUUGAUAAUAUCAAUGAAUAUAUUGACUUAUUAAAAAGCAAUUAACUUGACAAAAAGUAUCAUAGUUUUCAAUGAUGAUGAAAAUCAACUAAUAGCUAUUGAUGGAUUGAUUUUAAUAUCUUAAUUUUCAUUGGAAAUCGAAUGAUUUAGUUAAUCAA